CCUACAUAUAGCAACGCAAAAACAGAAAAUGCGGAACGCGAAACCUAACACUGAAGAGAUGGCGGAGAAGUUGGGAGCAGAAGAGUGCUCGAACUCGAAGAGUCUUCAGCCUACGACAACGAAGCUCGUCGUUUUGGCUGACCUCAACGUCGAUCCUCCUGAAGCCGAAGCCGACGACGACGUUUCUUCACUUGUCCCUCCUCCGCAAGUUACCAGGUUGACAACUGUAGAAAACAGUCAUGUUAAGAGUUUGUUGUCCAAAGACACUGAUAGCAAUGAAGGUGAAGGUAAAAAAUUGAAUAAACUGGGGAAAUGCCGCUCCAGACUUAGCAAGACGGAUUCUUCUCUUGAUUGUGGAGCUGAUGUGGAUGGUGAUCAGCAUGUUCAUGGGGCUCCUUCAUCUCGGGAGGAAAAAGUCAGCAGCAUGAAGACUGGCUUGGUUCAUGUUGCAAAGAAGAUGCCCAAAAAUGCUCAUGCUCAUUUUAUACUUGGCUUGAUGUACCAAAGAUUAAGCCAACCUCAAAAGGCUGUAUUGGCUUAUGAGAAGGCAGAAGAGAUCUUACUCAGAUCUGAGGCUGAGAUUGAUAGGCCAGAGUUGCUUUCUUUAGUUCAGAUUCACCAUGCACAGUGCCUGAUACUAGAAAGUUCAUCAGAAAAUAGUUCAGAUAAAGAACUUGAACCUUGCGAACUUGAGGAAAUUCUUUCUAAACUGAAAGAGUCGGUGCAGUCAGAUAUAAAACAGGCAGCUGUAUGGAAUACACUAGGAUUUAUUCUUCUUAAAACUGGUCGUGUGCAGAGUGCUAUCUCAGUUUUGUCAUCGCUGUUGGUCAUUGCGCCAGAGAACUAUGAUUGCCUAGGAAAUCUUGGGAUAGCUUAUCUUCAAAUUGGGAAUGUGGAAUUAUCUGCAAAAUGUUUCCAAGGGUUGAUACUAAAAGAUCAAAACCAUCCUGCAGCUUUGGUCAAUUAUUCUGCCCUUCUUUUGUGUAAAUAUGCAUCGAUUAUAGCAGGUGCUGGUGCAAGUGCUGCUGAAGAUGCUUUGGCAGAUCAGGUCAUGGCUGCUAAUGUUGCUAAGGAAUGUUUGUUAGCUGCAAUUAAAGCAGACGGAAAAUCAGCCCAUAUAUGGUCAAAUCUUGCCUAUGCGUUUUCUAUUAGUGGUGAUCAUCGAAGUUCCAGCAAGUGCUUGGAGAAGGCAGCAAAACUGGAGCCCAAUUGCAUGUCUACUCGAUAUGCUGUUGCUGUCCAUCGAAUAAAGGAAGCAGAAAGAUCUCAAGAUCCUAGUGAACUGCUUUCGUGUGCUGGAAACGAGAUGGCUUCUAUAAUAAGAGAUGGUGAUUCAUCCCUGGUUGAGCUUCCAAUAGCAUGGGCCGGGCUUGCCAUGGUUCACAAGGCUCAGCAUGAGAUAGCAGCAGCAUAUGAAAAUGAACAGCAUGGGCUGACAGAAGUGGAAGAGCGAACUGUUUGCAGUUUAAAACAGGCCAUAGCAGAAGAUCCUAAUGAUGCUGUGCAGUGGCUCCAACUUGGUGUUCAUAGUCUUUGUGCUCGGCAAUUCAAAACAUCACAGAAGUACCUCAAGGCUGCUGUUGCCUGUGACAAGGAUUGCUGCUAUGCAUGGUCUAACCUAGGUGUCUCACUUCAACUAUCAGAAGAAUCAUCACAAGCUGAACAAGUAUACAAGCAGGCCUUGUCUUCAGCAACAACUCAACAAGCACAUGCUAUAUUAUCCAACUUGGGAAUUCUGUAUCGUCAUCAGAAACAAUAUCAACGGGCGAAGGCAAUGUUUACAAAAUCACUUGAACUACAGCCUGGAUAUGCUCCUGCAUUCAACAAUUUGGGUCUAGUGUUUGUUGCUGAGGGUCUUUGGGAAGCGGCCAAGCAUUGUUUUGACAAGGCCCUUCAAUCAGAUCCACUGCUGGAUGCAGCUAAGUCUAACUUGAUUAAGGUGGUUACCAUGUCAAAGUUAGGCAAAGGCCUCUCUUCAUGCCAUCUUAAAGAAUGAUAUUGUUGUCCCUCAAGGACAGGUAGUUUCUCUUCUGCUGUACAUCCAUUUGUAAUAUGAAUCAAAGAGGAAUUCCCUUGGUAUCAUUACGUGCUAUGAAAAUUAGCAAUUUAGUAUAUAGUAUUUUUUCUUUUCUAGUUCAUCUGCAGGCUAUAUGCGGAGGAUCAAGAUGUAAAAUUGUUUAUGAAAAAUGAUCCAUUAAUUGCUACUUACCUGUAUAUAUAUUUUCAUCAUGU